UUGCUCGCUGAUCUAAAGCAGCAGAAAAAGUUGCGUUUGGGGGUUAAAACUUUAAUACCAAUGCAGUGAUUUAUUCGUUCUUUUAGACCAUUGGCUCGUUACGGGAGAAGUUAUUAUUGAUUUAUUAAGUUCUUACGUAAACGAAAUAAAGAGCAAACGCUAAAUUUGCAGCUCAAAUCUGGGCGAAAGAGAGUGAAGCCAGUGGAGCGGAGAUUGUAUGGAUACAGAGAUGAAGCACGAUGCUAGCUAGCUAACUAGCUACUAAGGAUAUGUUGAAUGUCGACACCACUUUCCACUGAAUCUACAGGAAGCCGACUUGGUCACAUGGAGGGAAACGGAGAGAUCAGUGACACCGACAGCGGUAUCAUCCUGCAUUCAGGCUCUGACAGCCCAACAACACACACAAAGGAUGUGACCACACACACGCGAGCCAUGAAGCUGAAGCACCAGGAGCUCCAAGACCGGCUGGAGAUCUGCAUCCUAGAGCUGAAGAAACUCUGCAUCCGUGAGGCUGAGCUAACAGGCCGACUGUCAGGUGAUUUUCCUCUACUGCCUGGUGAAAAGCCUCCACAGAUCCGCAGACGAGUAGGAGCUGCAUUUAAACUGGACGAGCAGAGCAUCCCUCAAGGAGCAGAGGAUUCAGAGCUGAGUUUGGUGGAUGCUGAAUUAGCACUUCAGAUGAAGAUAUAUGAAGCGGCACGCAAACUCUGUGAUGAGGAUCGCCUGAGUAAGGCUGUUAGAAAGAGCAGACUUCAGCAGUGCAAGCGUGAGGAGAUGAAACUAAAACAGCUACAGGAGGUGGCCUUUCAGCUGCGACUGGAGCAUGGCCGAUCAUCACCUCUUCCUGCUUUCAAUAUUACACAACAUGAUCAGGGUACCUCUGAUGACAGCUCCUUGUCUGAUUCUGUAGUACAAGAUGAAGAGGUGACAAGCCAGUCAUCACAGCCAUCCUCAGGACUCCCAUAUCCAUCAGAGUCAGAUGCUCCACAGCCUCCCCCUGGCUCGGUCUCUUCACCGUCCUCCAGAGACGGCUCCUACUCGUCUCCAUCUGCGGCUCCACAGACACUACAGCUGACCCCAUGUCAGUCCCCUCAUCCAAGCCUUGACUCCUUGAGUUUAACCUCAAGCCCAUUAUAUGACCUCCCUCCCAUCCAGCACUCCCCGUGGACAGAGUCUAGUCUCGACCAACCAUACCAGAAGACUAAGAAGUCACGCUCCUCCAGCAAGACAAGUCCAGCCAAAAGUGAAGUGCUGCCAUCUUUGGAGGAAUGCUUAGGAAAAUCUGGUUUGCCAUUGCAACUUUCCCAUCUGAAACUGAGCCGCGCUCAGUCCAACAGCACGCCGUCCACACCAGAGAUGCGUGUGCACAGACAGCUCUCCCUCAGGAUAUCCAAUCCUGAAUCUUCAUUUGGUCAUGAAAAGGAGCGCGGUCGCAUCAGAGGUCCGAGGAGGCGACUGACUGAAUAUGCAAUAACUUUACCAGAAACUCCUCCAUGUUCAGUGAACUAUAGAAACCACACUAACUCUGAGGACAGCAACUCUGAACACUCCUUCUCAUCUUACAACAGCUCCCCAUGUCAUGAGUCACCCUGUGAUUUACCCAAACACUAUCAGUCUCCGAUGUUACACUCUGGCCCAGUUAGCCCCUAUGGACCAGCAGCCUUCCCACGCACUGACUUUUACCUUAAUCCCAAGCACCAGUCCAGUCCCAGUAUUCACAAACACUAUUACAAUGAAGAGGUGGUCUACUCACCAGAUGCAGACUUGACACAGAGCUAUUAUGCCCAGCAGAGUCCCUGUCCCUCCAACAGAUAUGACUAUUGGUACCAGGAGGCAGCUCUUCCCCACCACAGAGGACCGAGACCUUUACCUGCUGACAUCAGACUGCCCCCCUCCCCUGCACAAUGGGACCAUCAUCCACACUACCAGCCCGCCGGUCUGCCACGACAGGUGGUGAACGAGCAGCUCAAAUCAUGGCACCGGCGCAGUCAGCUCAAAGCACCCAGGUCCCGCUCUCUGGACCGACAGGGAGCGGUCCGAUUCAAGAACACGCCGAACCGGGAGUCCCCCUCCUUCCAAAGUCAGAAAUAUGAACAGAUAAUCCAGAGGAGAGCUCACCAAAGAGCUGUAGAAGACCCUCAGGGCCACUGGGAUGAUGGUUCUCAUCUUAUGAGUCAAGUGUAAAGACUAGAAACAUGGACCGUAAGCCAAACACUCCAAGUCAGAGGCUGCACCUGGAUCACUUCCCAAAAACCAAAGUCAAGUUGGCAGAAAAAUGAGCUGUAUUAGCUGUUGAUGUAUACAAGGUUCAUGUUUUCAGUUUGCUAUGUCCUGUUUACCGGCCAUCUGUAUGUGAAAACACAGAAGAGGCAAAAAAAAAUCUGGAGCAUCUUAUGAAACAGUUUAGUACAAACAUGGCACAAUGUGAUUGGGGCCUAAACAUGUACGUUUCACCAAAGGUUACACUGAAUACAAAGUUGUUGAAUCUGAUAAAAACAACUGUUAAGAUUAUGUGACACUUGUUCACAUCUGUUACAGAUAAAUCAUUUAGGCAAGUCCACAUGUAUUGCAGACCACUAUUUCAACAUAACUUAAAUGUGACAUAAAUCAGCAGUUUGGUCAGUGCUGAUGAAGACGCUAUUAUAGAAUACAGGGUUAGUUCUGUAGUCACAAAUGAAAAUAUUUGAGAUGACAGAAGCUUUAAUAAAGACAAACAUGAAGAAAUGUAAAUAUUUCAAAACUAACUUUUCAUAUGUAUAGAAAGUAAAAUUAGGCUUUUAUUAAAAUGAUAAAUAGACCAAAAUCAUAAAUGUGCUUCAGUCUUAAGACACUACCGUCAGAUAAGUGCAGAGUUACUAAUCUGAGUUACUAAUCAUUACGAUUCCUUAUAAUAUAGUGCUGCAGUAGACGAAGCUCAUCACACUAAAAACACAGCCUUAUUUAUGGGGUUUUGCUCACAACAGCAAAGUACAGUUUCUGUAACAAAAUGCCCCUUUGAAACUCACUGUAUGAAGGAAAUAACUGAAUACUGUAAAAUUAUGUCAAUGAGCAACAUGUCCUUUUUUAAGACUUAAGUUGAAAAUACAUUUUGUGUGUAAAGUCACCAUGAACUUGUGCUGCUUACAUUUAAAGACACCAGUUUUGUUUUCUUUAUCACAUGCUUCUGGAAGCAAAUGUGGCUUGUUUUUAUUCUUCUCUCUUUGUGCUGAUUAACUUGAAUUACUUACGGACUUAAUCAACUAGUGUAAACUAGAUAUUAACUCACAUGAGAUGUAACGUAGCAAAUUAAGACAAAAGCAGGGUCUUGAUGCUUGGCAGCUAAUAGAAGUGUUAUUAACAUGUACAUUGUGCAUUUAAUCAUCUGAACUUUAACAGUGUCUGCACUGAAGUGUUUGAGACAGUGGAUCACUAGAGACUAACUUUCCUCUUCAGGACCACUAUAAAUGAAAAUCUGUGGUAAAUUGUAAUGAACUGUAUUUGAAACACUGCCACAAUGUGAUGUUCAGAUCUUUUGUAAAGUGUGUGGCUUUGAGCUCUUUAAUGUAAAUCCUUUGACAAUGAAAAUUUGGCCGCUUGCAAUUACCUUUUUUUGUUGUGUUUCCUGCUAUUUAUUGACUUGCACCACUGGGCCCAUGGGAAAUUUGGAAACAUCAGACUUGAAACCAGCAAAGACAUGGAACAAUUUUACAAAAUCAGCAUGAAAGACUGUGUAGCUGUAUCAAAAACACCACAAUCAUGUUACCUUGUGUGCAUUUCUAUUAGUCUUUUUUAUUUAUCUUUAUUUUUAGUUACAAUAGUUUAAGUUGACCUAAUGUGUUGUAAAAGAUCUGUGAAAGUGUUUUCCUGUGGAAGUGAAUAAAACUUAUGUUUGCAUUAU